GCCGGUUCCCGGUUUCGCCGGCAUAAAUAAGGAAGUCUCCUUCGCCGGCAGGGUAGAGUCUGGAAAUCUGCGAGAACGGAAAGAGCGAAGAAGUUCUCAACUUUGCAGAGUGUGUUUACAUCUCAGCCUUAUAGAGCUCAUCAGCCUGUAUUUGAACAAGUCUUCAAGUGAAAAGGGAAAGUUGUUUCUAGCCACAACCUACUUGCGCAGGAAAAAGUGCAGCAGUGCUUGAACUGAGUCUUCAGCUUUUAAUGCCUACAAGUACACUGCCUACAAGUACACUUUCUUGUAAGAAUUGAACGUGGCGACAUCCCCCGCAUCAUGCAAUUCACACACCUCCCGGGUAACAAGGCCACGCCCCUUCUCGUCCUGCUGGCCUGCUAUAUAGGCGUGGUCUGCGCAGGUGCAAUACCCACCAACUACAACAGACACGACAACGACCCCAGGUCGCCGCCCUCCGCCACCAACACACACACAAACCUUGACCGCACGUCGGCCACCACUGGGCACGAGGUUGAAGUCCCCAAGUCUCAGCAGAGGACGCUGUCUGUUAAAGGCAAGAGAACGCACGAAGUACCAGCCGAAGUUGCCGACUGGUUUCAAGACAACGGAACGGAGGCCCAACAACGUGUGAUUAGGCAGGCAUCCGCCGGUGCGGUACGGACUUGUACGUUAGUACGCCCCGUAAUACAUGAAGAACAGGGCCAGUGCAUCCACGUCGGCGGCAUGGUUGCCUGCAGCACAGCCACUCAUAUGGAUCUCAAUCACGCCGACUGCACCACGACGCGAUAAGCCAAUCAGCUCAAAGUAGUCGUUCAAGCCUAAAGCCAUGUGACCCAUCAUGUUACUAAUACCAAACGGGCAAGAACUGUCCUCAUUGGCCUUAUUCACGAGUCGGCCAUAUUAAAUUGAAAGCGAGGUAAAAUCUUCAUUUUUGGAACUUGCGAAGAGAAAUGAAAGCAAUGACAUAAAAGUUCAAGUUAGUUACAAAUUAAUACCAGUCUGCUCUGGUGAGUAAUUUAAAAUGUG